UUUUUUUUUUUUUUUGGGCGUUCUUAUCCCCCAAGAAAAGAAAAUCGAAACUAAUUCUCUUGCACCGUUGGUUCGAAUCUCGGUGGUUUCAAAUCCCCAUAAAUAUUUCCUCAUUCUCCUUCUACCAUUUUCAUCUCACAGAAGAUAUUCUGUAACUUUCCCGAGACAAAAAGUGAUUUUGGAUCUUCGAAUUGCUGUCAUUUUCUGUGUAAAAUGGGGAGCUUAGAGCGGACGAUACUCGUCACCGGUGGGGCUGGAUUCAUCGGCAGCCACACUGUUCUUCUGCUUCUUAAAGAAGGAUUUCGGGUUUCGAUUAUUGAUAAUCUUGAUAAUUCGGUUGUUGAAGCUGUUGAUCGUGUCCGGGAAUUGGCUGGCCCUAAUCUUUCCGACAGACUCGAGUUUAAUUUGGGGGACCUGCGGAAUAAGGAGGACUUGGAGAAAUUGUUUUCAAAAACGAGAUUUGAUGCUGUUAUACAUUUUGCUGGCCUCAAAGCUGUUGGGGAGAGCGUUGCUUUCCCACGACGAUAUUUUGAUAAUAAUCUUGUUGGAACCAUCAAUCUCUAUGAGGUUAUGGCAAAAUAUGGUUGUAAGAAGAUGGUUUUCUCGUCUUCUGCAACUGUUUAUGGUCAGCCUGAGAAAGUUCCAUGUGUUGAGGAUUUUGGUUUAGUGGCACUGAAUCCUUAUGGACGAACCAAGCUUUUCUUGGAAGAGAUCGCUCGAGACAUUCAAAAAGCCGAGCCCGAAUGGGGCAUAAUCUUGUUGAGAUACUUCAACCCUGUUGGAGCUCAUGAGAGUGGUAAACUUGGCGAAGAUCCAAAGGGUAUUCCUAACAAUCUCAUGCCUUACAUUCAGCAAGUUGCAGUAGGAAGACUGCCGGAGCUUAAUGUAUAUGGUCAUGACUAUCCAACAAAGGAUGGCAGCGCUGUUCGAGACUAUAUCCAUGUUAUGGACCUAGCCGAUGGUCACAUUGCUGCUCUUCGAAAGCUUUUUACGAACGAAGAUAUAGGGUGCACAGCCUACAACUUAGGGACUGGACAAGGCACGUCUGUGCUAGAAAUGGUUGCAGCCUUCGAGAAGGCCUCCGGCAAGAAAAUCCCUGUUAAACUAUGCCCGAGGAGGCCUGGUGAUGCAACGGCGGUGUAUGCGUCAACGGAGAAAGCCAAGCAAGAACUCGGUUGGACGGCAAAAUAUGGCGUAGAUGAAAUGUGUAGGGACCAAUGGAAUUGGGCAAACAACAAUCCAUGGGGAUACCAGAAGAAAGCUUAAAAAGUACAUGUACUUCCAUACAUAGUGCAGAGGUAUUGAACAAAAAGCUUACAAGGAAGGAACCUCUCACACCACAUCUUUGGUUCAUCAUUAUUCAAUAUAUACUUUAAUGGGUAUUUAUCCCCUCCUCUACUGGUUUUUUCUGUUUGAGUUUCUGAAAUGGUUAUGAGAAUUUACUUCAUUCUUAUAACCAUGUAUCUAUUGGUCACACAAGCUGAAUGUUGUUCCUUGUAGACAUGUAUGUUUGGAUAUCUUCUCUUAUGCUUGUUUUAUUGUAUUAGAAAGAGCUACAAUUGGGCUCGAUUAUUUGCGGUACU